AUGGUCAUCGACAUGGAUUUGGCGGGCAAUUCUGACCUGACACAGCCGCCACCGGAGAUAGUGAUUCAAGGAACUCGAGCUGUGCUGGAGUAUCUCUCCGAACGAGAUGACGACGCAACGGGUGAGGCAGUCACGACCGCAAUGAAUGAUCUCUCAGUCAGCCCAUCGGCCAAUCGAAAUCCAGAGAAUUCAUCGGAAGGCGGUGCCCACCAAUCAGAUCAUCUCAAACAAAUGAAGAUCUUCAUCAAAGAAGCCAGUGGACUGGACAUAUCUGUGCGGAAGAUUGGUAACUCCAAUGCGUGGCGUGUGCUGAUGCGUCUUUGCGUGUAA